AUGCAAAUCUCAACACAGUCUACCCCCACGGGAGUGCUUUUAUUAGAUCUCCCUUCGGAAAUCCAUAUGCAAAUAACCUCCUUCCUCUCAUACCCGGAUGCUUUGGCUUUAAAACACACUAGUCGCUAUUUCUACGACAUGGUCUAUACAGGUGUACACCUAAAAGUCGAAUGGCUCGUCGAGCGAUUCGAGCGGAAGCUUGAAUGUCCAAUGGAGAAAUGCUCAUUUCGCACCGAUGAAUCCUUUUGCAAUGAACGAGUUCGCCAAAUUAUGGAACGUCGCCGGUGGCAUCUUGAAUGUCGGCGUGUACCUGGUGGUUGCUGGGUGGUGGAGGGUCAGACUUGUCGAACAGAUCUAGUGCCAUCCUGGUUGAAGAGAGCUCGGACACGAAAACGGAUUGAGUACGUUGGUUUAUUGAUGCGAGAAGCGGUUAUUGUUGUUAUUCUUGCAUUUUUGAUUAAAGUAUCGUGGGUGCUACUUAGAAGAUCAUACAACGGGGUCCCAAACUUUGCGGUCACUUUUUAA